CAUUAUCAAUCAUCAUCAUCAUGAAUAUUCUUCAUGUUGUUGAUGGUGAACAACAACAGUCGACUAUUUCGACAUCAAUGAUUCAAAGAAAUAAUGAUAGUUUUGAAUCAAUGUUAUCAACAACAACAACAACAACAACAACAACAACAACAAUGUUACCAUAUUCAUUACGUUGGAUUGCAACAAAUAUCUGUAUAAUUGUUUUAUUAUUAGGUAUUUUAGGAAAUUUAUUAGUACCGUUAGUUGUUUGCCGUCAACGUGAACAAUUAUCAAAUAAUUCAACAAAUAUUUUCCUAAUCAACCUGAGUAUUGCCGAUUUAUUAGUACUGGUUGUUUGUACACCAACCGUAUUGAUUGAAUUACAUUCAAAUCCUGAAAUAUGGAUGUUGGGUGAAUUUAUGUGUAAAACGGUACCAUUUGUUGAAUUGGUUGUUGCACAUGGAUCAAUAUUGACCAUAUUGGCUAUUUCAUUUGAAAGGUAUUAUGCAAUAUGUUUACCAUUAAAAGCAAAUUAUCUUUGUACAAAUCGUCGUGCAAUUAUAACUGUUUGUUGUUUAUGGACAAUUGCAAUAUUGGCUACAAUGCCAAUAUUAUUUGUUACCGAAUUAGUUGAUGCAAUAUAUAUUGAUGGUUCAAUUGUAUCUACUUGUAUAACAAAAGUAAAUCAAGAAUGGCAACGUUUAUAUUAUAUAAUAACAAUUAUCAGUUUUUUUGUCUUACCAUUAAUUAUAUUGAUUAUUGUUUAUUGGAUUAUUAUAAAACGUUUAAUACGUGAUGAUCAUCGUUUAUUGAUUGCAUCAACAACAAUUAAUCAACCACCAAAAUCAUUAUUAAUUUGUUCAACAAUCAAUAAUAAUAAUAAUAAUAAUGAUGAUUAUUGUUGUAAAAAAUUACGUUCCAAUUCAUUAACACAACAACAAUUUGUACAAAAUUGUAAACAAUCAUCAUCAUUGAAUAAUGAAUUAUCAUCGAAUACGAAUGAUUCAAAUACAAAUCCAAAUCAAUCAUCAUCAUCAUCGAAAUGGCAUAAUACGGCCAAUAUGUUUCUAUUUCGUGAUUCAUUAGCAUCGUUAGGUAUAAAUAGUCGUCAUAAUUCAACAUCGGAAAUAUCUUGUUCAAAUCAUCAUCAACAAAAUCAAAAUCAAAAUCAACAACAACAACUACAACAACAAUCAAAUUCAAGAAGAAAUUCAUCCGUAAUUGUUUAUCGAUCACGAAGACAAGUUAUCAUUAUGCUAAUUACUGUGGUUAUUUGUUUUUUUAUUUGUCUAUUACCAUUUCGUAUAUUUACAAUGUGGUUAGUGAUUGUCGAAGAAGAUACUAUUCGAGCACUGACAAUGGAACGUUUUUAUCAAUUAUUAUAUUUUUGUCGUAUUAUGAUUUAUGUUAAUUCAAUGUUAAAUCCAUUAUUAUAUGCUGUUGUAUCAAGUAAAUUUCGUCAUGCAUUAGUCGAUACAAUAUGGCAAUUAUUGAAUUUUUUCUAUUAUAUUUGUUGUUGUUGUUUUUGUUGUUGUUGUUGUUGUGGUUGUUGUUCAGAUUCGGAUACCGAAACAGAAAUAUCAUCAUCAUCAUUGGAUACAAUCAAUACAUCAAAACAUCAAUCAAAAUUACAACAGCAACAACAACAAUAUUAUCGUAAUCGUAAUCAAAUAAAUCGACGACAACAACAACAACAACAUCGUAAAGCAACCGGUGGUAGCUGUGGCUGUCAUAAUGUUGGACAAUUAUUAAAUCAACGUAAUCGUCGACGUAAAUUAUUUCUUAUGAGACAAUCAACAACGCUAACAACAACAACAGCAUCAUCAUCAUUAACAGGUGAUGGUUCAUUAAAACAACAACAACAACAACAAAAUAAUAAUAAUUCAAUCCGUUCGACAGUGACGAAUUAUAUACCAUCAUCAUCAAUUGAUGGUACUAUUACAACGAUAACUUCAAUAAAUUUAAAUCAACCAAACAUCAAUGAUGAUGAUGAUAAUGAUGAAACAAAUCAAAUUAAUCAA